UUGAAAGGCUAAAGUUGUCAGUGAUGUGAGCCAUUGCUUUUCAGUAGCUCAGCUGGACUGUUAUUUCACCAUGUUUUUCCACUGUGAACUGGUAAUACUGAUACUGGCGCUGACUCUUGGUGGUCAAGUUCAUACAGGGAAAAUAAUUGGCGGCCAUGAAGCUGUGCCACACAGCAGGCCAUACAUGGCUCUAGUGGAGCGGCACAUGCAGGAUGGCACAAAAAAACUCUGCGGUGGCUUCAUUCUGAAUGAGGAUUUCGUGAUGACUGCAGCCCACUGCCAAGGCCUGUCAUACAACGUCCUUCUAGGAGUUCACAAUAUGCGUAAUAGUGAUGAAGUCCAGAAUAUAUCUGUGGCCCAAUCAUUCCCACGCAAAGAUUUCAAUGCAACUAAUUUUAAGAAUGACAUAAUGCUUCUUAAGUUGACCUCCAAGGCAAAGUUCAACAAUGUUGCCCCCAUUGCUCUCGCCGGCCAAGGUGAUGGCUCUCUGCCAAAGUCAUGCAUGGUCUCCGGCUGGGGAGUGACAGACGAGAAGGAGACUUAUAUGUCUUUAAAACUUAUGGAAGUCGAUGUCACACUAAUUGACAAAAAGGAGUGUGCUGAGGACAACCUGUACUGCUCUGAGGGAAGGAUUGGACCCAAUAGCGGAGACUCUGGUGGUCCACUGGUCUGUGAAGAUGGAAAGGCAUACGGGGUGGUGUCCAACAUCUUCAAACCGAAAUCAGGUGGCCCGCAAAUACAUUGUUAUGCUAAGAUUCCUGACAAGAAAAGCUGGAUCGAUUUGACCAUGACAAAUGCAUGAAAAAAAGCGCUGAUAGAUGUAACAGUUAACUGAUCAAAUAACAGCAUUUGAAUUUCCUCUUUGUAUAACAUUGAAGAGCUAAUAGCUUGGAUGCAACUGAUUCCAUAGCAGUUUCAUUGUCCAACUAAAUUCUGGACUUAUUUGCUUUACACAGAUUUAAUAAAAAUGAGCUUUACUUUGAUGUUUCCAAAUGAUAAAAUAACAUUUUUGUUGGCGCACAUGCAGGUUUUUUCAAGGCUAGAUUUUUAAUAGACAAUAUUUGUUGACAAAUUAAUUAUGGCUUACAUUCAGACAUUUAAGUGCAGACUCAAUGUUGUUAUAUAAAUGUAAUUUCUGCUGAUAUUUGACAUUCUAUGUCACCCUGCUGUUAAAUACAUGAUAUACAUUUAAUACAUCACUGCUUUGUGCAUUUUCUUUUGUGUUUGAUGAAAUGUGAACACAGGAUCCUCUUAGUUUGUUGUGUACCAACUUUUGAAACAAUAAACUUUUGAAACUUGC